UUCAAGUGUACUUCCCGGCAAACCAAUACAUGUAUACAGUUCCAGCUGAUUUCCCUCUCAACCGGACAAUAGCGCGGGUGUUGGCGUUAACUCGUCACGCGGUAAACGGUGUGCGCGCAGACAUCAGAUACAGCAUCCGUCAUGACCAUCAUCGAAUCACGCGUGACGACGGAGUUGCCAAUUUGGAUAAAAACUUCAGGAUCGAUCCAAAUACCGGGAGUUUUUCAAUGAUCAAUAAUAUUACAGGGAAUGAUAUCAGGAUACCAAUCCGAGCCACUGGUCAUCAUUGCGGUAGGGUUAGUGAGGGAAGCACAUGGAUUCGUCUUAAGGUGCGUCACAAGGUCCCAUCGUGCAUGUGUAAGAUCAGUUCUGCCUUGCACGUCCACGAGUCGCAGUUCCCAACGCAAUCCAUUGCAUUUUUACAUCAAUCUGUUGGUAGCCUUGAUGGUGCUGAAACAACGAGAUUCGAUAUCGUAUCAGCACAUCCAAGCAGCAUUUUCCACAUCAACAACACAUCGGGAGAAAUAAGCAUACAAACGUUCACCUUGAUCCACACGAACCAAACAACGGGCCAUAUCACGGUAAGGUGUCAGAGGUUCAGUGAAAAUGGAGAAAUCCUGAAAGGGAAUACUCAGAAUAUAACACUUAACAUCGAUGCUUCCUACAACACGACGGUUCAAGAGAGAUUGAUGUAUAAAAGAAUCAAGGGAGAUGAAGUAUUCAAUUACACAGUGCCUCAGCACCAGUACCGCCCAUGGAUGAGACACGCAGAAGUUUCCUUGCUCGGCGGUGAGGUGGCUAGAGAAACAUUCGGGGUCAAAAGAGUGAUACCAACUGGACAAGAUGCGCUAGGAAAUGCUGCUGUAGUGAUAUAUUUAUUACGAAGUAUUCUCCGGGAUCUCUCUGGCCCCGUUGCGCUCAUCGUUCGGAUUAACGAGUACGGGUGUGGUCGACGUGGCAAUGAAACCAUUAGAGGUGGACGAACACUGGACAUCGCUUUUAAUGUCACAAUCUGGCCAAUGGUCAAUUACGAGAGCAUCGUGUAUAGUAACAUCACGGCGGGAAGUCCGAUUGCAGACCUUUCAAGUUUAGUCUUGGCGUUGAAACGCCCUCUACCAGCGGUCAACGGUGAAUACUGGCACUCUAUCUUUGAGAUGGAAGAAACAAUGGAAAUUGUUUACGUCACAAACAGGACUGCCUUGAAAAUUAUUGCACCCCGCGUUAUCACUCUGUAUGUUGAGUACGGAUCUGUGGGGGAUAUUCUCGAUGCUGGAAUCAUCAUUAAUCUGACUAUCACUAUACAAAAGACAGAAUUACAAAGUUGUAGGCUUGUUGACAGUUGUUCCCGCUUGCGUAAUCGUGCCGAUUGUUUGACCCACUGUGGUGCGGGUUCAAUACACGACCAUUGUUCAUGGAGAGCCGAUGGAUUGAGAAGAGCCAUGUCCACAGUGUAUGCAACAUGUACACCUAAUAUCAACACCUGUCCUGAUAACAGAUGCGAUCCAUUGGAAAUGGAACAUCGAAAUGAUAUAUGCCCUCAAGACUGUACAUUGCGAACGAGCGGUUUUCGUAGACCACUCAACAGGAGCCUACCAGGUAUCCAGGUAGCCAUUGGACCAUGCUGGUGUGACGCUGGAGGAAGAUGUACAUGUAUGGGAGCUGAUGCAAGACAACCGCAUCCCGAUCCAAAACCAGGACCUACUCUUCCUAUUGUCAGGUUUCCAAUUACUACUACCACAGAACCGGUCGAAAUACACCCAGAUCCAGAAGAUGAGAUGUGUGGUCCCGAAUGCUACCUCGGAGUCUCUGCAGGAGUGUUUCUGACUAUCCUUGUUACAACCAUCCUGGCGAUACGAAAGAGAAGAGAGAGACUCCACCAGCGUCGGGCCUAUACUUCCAGUAUCUUCAAGCCACCGCUUGAUGCCCCAAGCACGGCGCGUGGUAGCAUGGUCCUGACUGACUAUGCGGACGAAAUAACUUCAGGAAGGUCUUUUGGAUUCAGAAGCAGAUUUGAACACGACUCUAAAUGGGAGUUUCCUCGGGACAAGUUAUUAUUGGAGGAUGAGCUUGGUGAAGGUCACUUCGGUAGGGUGGUGCGAGCGCAAGCACUAAGCAUACGAGGUCAUACAGGUUAUACUACGGUGGCUGUCAAGAUGUUAAAAAGGGAUACUGCCACCAGUUCUGAACUGCAAGAUUUGCUUACAGAAUUAGAACUACUCAAACUACUCAAUCAUCCAAAUGUUAUUCGACUUCUUGGUGCUUGCAUUCCAAAAGAUCCCUUUGACAUGUGUGUGAUUGUUGAAUACUGCAAACACGGGUGUCUUCGGGAGUUCCUUCGGCAAAACAGAAAGAGGGCGCUAUAUACUGAAUACAUCUCAUCAGACCAAUCAUCAAGUAUCCCAGGACUUUCAAGAGGGAAAAAUGUAAUCAAACGUUUUGAUAUUGGGUUCAAAGAAAUUGCAUCCUUCGCUUGGCAGAUAUGCAAAGGGAUGCAUUAUUUAUCAUCACUUAAGGUUGUACAUCGUGAUUUAGCAGCUCGUAAUAUCCUCGUAGCAGAAGGUCUUCUUAUGAAGAUAUCUGAUUUUGGUCUCACGCGGGAUGUUUAUGAAAGAGGGCUAUACGAAAGACAAAGCAAGUCACUACUUCCGGUUAAAUGGAUGGCAGUAGAAGCUCUGUACGAUAAUAUUUUUACUGUGAAAAGCGACGUAUGGUCAUUUGGUAUUUUAUUAUGGGAGAUCAUUACCAUGGGUGCUAUUCCAUAUCCCGGGGUUACUGCUGAGAGGUUAUGUCAGCUACUUCGUGAAGGAUACAGAAUGGACAAGCCAGCAGAGUGUUCAGAUGAAUUAUAUACAAUAAUGAAACACUGUUGGUUAGACGAUCCACGCGAACGUCCUUCAUUUGAAGAGCUUGGUUUUCAGUUCGAGAAAAUGCUGGAAGAAACGAUGGAAUACCUUGAUCUGUCGGACAUCAAUGGAGACCUUUCAUCGGAAGACGAAAACGAAGACAACGUGGAGUGCCACAAGGAACAAUGUUGUCUCCUACGGAAAAACAGAGAUGAUUUGAGCUCUCCCGAGACAUCGCCGGAAGAGGAUAUAGCGCCACCAAGCUAUGGAGAGGUCGCAACUUCUAGGGAGGCUGACCCAACGCGACAGGUACUGAAGGAGAUACAGCCAACGGUGAAAGACCCCACGCGUUCACACCAGAGUCCUACAGAGGCAAUGUACAGUACGAUUGAAGAGGCCGUUCACAUUGAGGCAGUGUAGAUUGAAAACACAUUCAUCUAAUAAGCUUGGAUGUUAACUCACUUUGUAGGAGAGGAGUUGGAACCUCACUUCACCUGUGCCGAACGCACAAAAACGUUGUGAGUCUAACAGAGCGCUAACAGUGAUAUCAAUCACAUCUUACCUGAUUGUUAAGUCAAAACAUCGCCACAGUACCGGUUGUAACAGGGCCUCUAUUAGUGCACUGCUAGCGCUAACAACGUUUCUUUGCAAUCAGUUCAGGUUGUUCGAAGACAUAGCACUCGUACUGGUGGGAAUCAUUACUUGUAAUGGAAAUACCACAACAACAACAACAACCAGAAACAAUCAUGACAAAAGUUUGAUCACGUGACAAAUCUUCCUGCCAUAAAAAAAUCGGCAUCUAUUCAUGAUAAGUCGAAUUUCCAUCAUUCAUGGCCGUUGAACUUAUUACCAUCGAGUCAACGACUUCGAGUCUGAAGUGCUGAGAAAUUAGACGUGAUCAGUCUGAAUUUACCAACUUACCCCAAUUGUGCCCUUGCAAGGUUGUGACGUCAAGAUUAUUUACUUACCAAAAAGCGAGAUCGAUAUGAAGAGAGACAGGGAUAAGAUGCGCGGGAAUCCGGAUUUAGAGACUUGUCAUUUUGAAAGUUUAUUCUAAAAUAUCUGUCACAUACAGCUGUUAUUUCACCAGAUUGCAUUUGACUUCUACCAUAAAUAAAAUUGAGUCAUUUUUUUCAUUUCUGUAUCAUCUCAAAUACGGAUAAAGUUUUCCCAUUUCAUUUCUUAAUUCUUAUACGCGAUUACAUUUUUGUGGAAAGGGAAUAUCAAUGUUUUUUUAUCAUAAUAAGAUAUCCGACAUUAUACACAACAUUACAAAUCAACCACGAUGUGUAUAUAGAGGAAUCGCUGCUGUGACACGUUUAGUUCUUCAUUAGACAUAGGCCUAUAUGGUUAGGUAUUUGGGCUCAGAAAACAUGAGUGUCUAAAUAAAUGUAAUGGAUAGUUUUGGGUCUGUUUUUACUUAUUUUUCGUCCUGGAAAAAAAUCACAUCAUUUUCCUUAAAACAUAUGUUUGGAGUAGACGAAAAAAAGUCUUAUAAGCAGGAAAUGAUAUCAACCAUCUGUAAUUAGAAUAUGAACAUGGGGAUAAUGAUAUUUUCCUUGUUUGCCUGUUGGCAAUGAAAGUUUUUCUUCUUCGUUUUGAAUUAAGCUGAUAUACAUGUCUUCAUUUACCAAUCCAAGAGCUAUAGACAACUUAUGCUCUUCUUAUUUUAUUCAUGAUAUUUGAUCUUAAGCACAUCUCGAAUGAUACAGUGUCCGUUUUAGUUGAAUUGACAUAAUUUAUUUGCAGUGCUGUAAUGUGUCGUUUGCCAUUAUCAUACAAAUAUCUUCCUAUAUUUCUUUGCAAAAAAUAAUUAUGAAAUACAAGCCAUGGGACGAAAGGACAUAAGAAGAAUAGUUGUGUCUUCUUGCCCAUUAGUUGUAAAUGUAAAGCGAAAUUGUAAUCAGCUUUAAAAAUAUAUAUAUAUUGACGCUAAGAAUUCGAAAUGCCAGUACCACGGCUUCGGACAGAUCGACCGAUUUCCACCAUUCUAUAUAAUCAUGAUUCUUCACCCCCACUCCCUUUCUCUCUCUUCCGGUUUCUCUUUCUCCCCCCUCUAUCACU